AGGGGCGGGGACAAAGAGGCGCAGCUGCCUCUGCGGUACACAUGUCAGAUGUUGAGUCGCUCCGUUUGUUUUGUUGUCCUGUCACGGAAGUCUUCUGUAUUGAAAGACACUUUUCCAAAGAACUAUUAUUGAGGACAGCUGUAACUUCUCUGUGGUUUUGUCUUUUGUGUUCAAAGAACGGGAGGAUGAGCGGUGUCAUAAAACGGCCGUUAAGGAAUAAAAAUGGGGAAGACAAGAAAAUUAAGGAGCACACCGGACAACUCAGUCUUCCCAUUAAGGAUCAGGAUCGAUCAAGCUUCACUCCCGAGUGGCACUGCAGCAAGGAGAGCAGCGUUGCAGUUGUGCUUCCACAGAAACCUGAAGAACAGAAACAAACAGUUGAACUGAUCACUUCCACAGAAGACGACGUGGACAUAAUAAAGGUCCACCUUAAAUCUCGGUCGGAAACAAAACAGAGCCUCAGGAUGCUGACGGAUGAAGUGUCACAGAUCCAGGAGGUGAGAUACUGUCUGAAGACUCUGAGAGAGCAGAUGGCAGCCAGACAAAACGGACACAACAAGCAUCCAGCGGAUGUUAAGGUCAACCAACCAUCGGUCUCCAACCACCACCACGACCUCCCUGACCCUCAUCUCGGGGACAGUCGGGAGGAGAGCGUGAAGCUCCGGGAGGCCACCAGACAUCUCUACGCUCAGCUAAAGGAGAUGGAGAAGCGGCAUCAGGAGGAACGGGACAGACUGGAGGCUGAUUCGCACGCGUGUCGUAUCAGUCUGGCUGAGCAGUCGAAGCGGCUGGAGGAGGUGGAGCAGCAGGCGGAGGAGAAAACCCAACAGGUAGAGGAGCUGAAGAGGCAGGUGGGAAGUGCGGAGAUCGAGAACAGUGUUCUUAAAGAAAAAAUGGCUGCCGCGGAGACGGAGCUGCUGCAGCUCAAAGAAAGAGAGGAGGAGGAAGACACGGCAGAGGAAAGAUGUGCAGAACUUGAGGAGGAGUUGGCUUUGCUGAGAAAAAAGAAUCACCAGUUUGACGACAUGCUGAAGAGUCAGCAGAGGAAAAUCCGCCUAAUGAUCGAACAGCUGCAGAACUCCAGAACGGUUCUUCAGGAGAGAGAUCGGGCCGUCUUGGAUCUGGAGGAGCGAGUGGCGUUCAUGCAAGCUGAGAAUAAAGAGUUGCGCGACCACAUGGAAUACUUACUGGCAGGUCAGGACCCCCCACCCUCAUCUGUGGAAAACAAGCCGGAGAUUGUUUACAGCAAACCUCUCAAACCGACCUCGCCGACCAAUAAAGCGCUCCCGUUCAUCAAAGUUAUCGAGAUCAAAUCCUGAUGAGGAGGAACGUUUGGAGGAAAUAAAUACUUUGUAAAUAUGUGUUUAGCCACCAACUAGUGAGAGGAAAUACUCAUUUAUCACCUCGUAGAUGCGUUUGAUGCAGGUCUGUGUGUGUGUGAAGGUGAAAACUUAUGAAAUAAGCAGAAAGGAAGCAGAUUUGUAAAGUUAUUUAGUUCUGAAUUUUACUGAUCUGGUGUUCCGCCCAGUCUCCAUACAUUGACAGAUAGGCAUGCUUUGUCAGAUCAUCAUACAAUUUAUUUUUAACAACCGUAUGACACCCUGAUGGGCCAGUUCACCCAUCAGAUCAUCAUACACGUUCUUAUUGACCGUAUGACACCCUGACUUGUAUAUUUGAAAGCUAAUUAUUAAACGUUUUUUUUUAGAAUUAGAAGGUGGUUAAAUAAAAAUUUGUGAUGCAGUUCAUUUUUGUGGAUGGUAAAAAAUUAUGAACAUAGUCGAUUAACGUUUUCCACAUACUUUACAGACGGCUCCUCAGAACAUAGCGAAGGUUUAGAUGAAUAUGCAUAAACUGCAUGAAUGCUGCUCUGCUAUGUGUGGUGCUUUGUCAGAACACCGAUCACUGAUGCAGAUGAGAAUAAUCACUGUUGACUUUUUUUUCCAGCGCCUCCUCAGGGGUCGCAGUCAUUCUUGUGCUAUGCAGCACGUUGCUGAUAUUAGGGCAUGUCAUUAUUGAAAAGUGAGUCAUUUUCAAGUGAUGAAAAUCUUUAUGCUGAGAUUAGGGUCUGUGUAGAGGAAAUAAAUAGAAUUAUAGGUUAUUUCACAUUUUCUUUGGUUUGUUCUUGUUGUCCAUUCAUGAUGUGUGCUUAAAUCCUUAUUUAACUCUAAUUUAACAUAAUUUUGUACCAUUUCCAUGAACUUUGAUUUCUUUUUGUAAUAUAUGUCAUUUUACUGUGAACUGUAAAUAAAUACUGUAGACUUUUUGGUAUUUAAGCAUAAAUUAAAGUCGGAGUGACCUGA